AAGUUGUGUAGAUCUUUGCCGGCAAUUGUUCUAUAAUUUCAAGAACAGCGUGCCUUCCAUAAUCCAAUUUCCAGCGUUUAUGUAUUCGUGAUACAGUGCAGUCCAGGCUGCGAUCGGCAUUUGGGGAAUAUAUAGUCGAGAUAUAGUCAAUCUUGAAAUUCAUUCGAGCAAUUGACACUGUGUAGCCAAGCGGCUUCGAGCGAGCGCUGCUAGUUGCGCGGAAGAAGCCUGCACGUUAUUACACGUCACUUACAUUUGCUCUACGAAACGCGAGUUAGUGAAUUGAGAGACAAUUCGUGGAAGUCUUUGAUGUCGAUCUUCCCGGGGAGACACGCCAGUAUUUCGGCGUCCGCGGAAGGACACAGUAGUGUUUGAUGUUUGUGUGUGUACAAAGAAAGGGAUGUAAACAAUAUCGGUGAUGCAGACAUCAUGAGCUAUGGGAAUUUGUUCACGGAAAGCCUCCAUCAUGUUGGUCUGGCCUAUAUCCAGCCCCACGUAGAGGAGCACCAGUCUUCCAGCAGACGACAGAACACAGUCACAAUGAUGUAUUCCACAUUGCCAGCAUUAUAUCAGUCACAACGAGUUUUAUGUUUAUCUCUAGCCUUCCAUUCGAGGAUGUAAUGAAAAUUUAUUUACAUGGUGUAUUCGGCAAACUGUGUUUAGUGUAGAUCUGUUGUUAUAUAACAGGAUUAAAACAAGUUUCGGCAGAGUGAAUUGUGACCCGUGGUCCAUGAGCUGUCGUUUUGCUGAAAACGUGUGAUUCUUGGUCUAUAAAUACCGACCAUAACUGAUUCUUAGUCCACACACUGUGGUCACUUGUCAACCUCGUGUGAUUCCUAGUCUACUGAUCGUUUGUCUACAUGUGAUCUUUAGUCUACAAAUACGAUUCCGUUGUCUACAUCGUGUGAUUGUUAGUCUACUGACCCUUUGUCUACAUAAUGUGAUUCGUCGUCUACAAGUAAUAUUUACUUGGUCUAUAUAAUGUGAUUCUUGGUCUACAUAUACUGGACUAUUGUCUACAUAAUGUGAUUCAGUCUACACGUACUGUUUACUUGGUCUAUGUGAUUCUUGGUCUGCAUAUACUGACACUUUGUCUACAUCGUGUGAUUGAUUCGUGGUCUACAAGUAAUAUUUACUUGGUCUAUAUAAUGUGAUUCUUGGUCUACAUAUACUGGACUAUUGUCUACAUAAUGUGAUUCACAGUAUACACGUAUUGUUUACUUGUUCUAUGUGAUUCUUGGUCUACAUAUACUGACACUUUGUCUACAUCGUGUGAUUGAUUCGUGGUCUACAUGUACUGACCAUCUGUCUACAUCGUGUGAUUCUAAUUUUACAAAUACUGAAUACUGUGAUUCGUAGUAUACAAGUACUGAUUAUAAAUCUACAUAAUGUGAUUCAGUCUACAAAUACCAUACCUUUGUCUACAUAAUGUGAUUCCUAGUCUAUAAAUACCAGACCUUUGUCUACAUAAUGUGAUUCCUAGUCUAUAAAUACCAGAUCUUUGUCUACAUAAUGUGAUUCAUAGUUUACAAAUACUGGACCUUUGUCUAUAUAAUGUGAUUCCUAGUCUACAAAUACCAGACCUUUGUCUACAUAAUGUGAUUCGUAGUAUACAAGUACUGAGUAUCUGUCUACAGAGUGAUUCUUAGCCUACAAAUAACUGUGAUCUUUAGUAUAAAAUACGCCCGAGUCUACAUCCUAUGAUCAUUUGUCGACACAUCGUGCUUCCCGUCGUCUACAUCAUCUCGUGUGACCCUCCAUCUCGAAAUAUUGAUCCUGUAUCUACAUACGCAACCGUGUGAUCCUUAGUUUGACGAUGUCGCCCACGUGGCUGCUCCGAUCUCUGAUGGUCCUCCUCGUCCACGUAGUCGUCCUGUGCCAAGGAAAACUCGACGUCCACUUCCACGCGCUGAUACCUCACCACUUCGCGUGGGCGGAGGAAUUCAAGCGUGCGCUCCUGUCCAAACUGUGGAGCUUCCGGCGAGACCGGCGCUACAUGAGCAUGUUCCGGACGUUCCGGGCCACGACGAACGUGACGUUCUUAAAACAGGACAGUCCGGACGAGAUCCUGAACACGUUCUGCGACGUGGUGUUCCCCUCACACACCACCGUCAUCCUGCACAUCAACAACCCACUCUCCAUCAGGCGCAGGACGUCUGCUAAUCAGUAUGUUAAUGAGCUCACGGACUUUUUCGGGAUUCCGCUCAUAUCGUGGGACGCCGAGUUUUCAGGGUCAAGUUAUGCAUUACAAGAGGCAAGGACGUUACAGAUAGCGCCCACGAUCCAACACAUGUCUUCCGCCAUGCUCAAGUUGUUGAUGCGCUACAACUGGACAGACUUCGCCAUCGUCACAACGACAGUCGCCGGGAACCAAGAUUUUAUAGCCUCGAUCAGGUCGAAGGCAGAAGAAAGUCAAAACGCGCCCAAAUACUCACCAGACGGCGUGUCGAGAGUAAGAUUCAAGAUUCUGUGUGAGCUCAUCUUAAGGGAUGCCAAAAACCAAACACGUUCCAUGCGCGAGAUGGGUGAACUCAUCAGGUCUAAUGUACGUGUUAUACUGCUGCACUCAAGUGGACUUGAGUCCAAAUAUAUUCUAGAUUAUGCAAGAGCUAUGGGUAUAACUACUGCCGACUAUGUGUGGAUUCUCACUCAGACGGCUAUUCCCACAGCCAAGAUCGCCCCUUCGUCUUUCCACUUGGGAAUGCUGGGUGUUUCCUACGACCACAGCCGCAACUCGAUGGAGAAUGCGAUCAAGACGGCAGUGACGAUAUGGGUGACGGCCCUCAAGGACAUCGCCAGCAAGCGCGGCGUGGCGUCCAAACUGAAUAUCGUGCCGCACCAAACCUGCAACAGCACGGGCAAGAUCUACUGGGAGGAAGGAAAACACAUGUACAGAUAUAUGAAAAAUAUUUCAAUUACAACACCUACACCGAUAGCCUUUAAUGAAUCUGGGACUCUGAGAUAUACAGAAUUAAAAAUAAUCAACAUCCAGCAACGAGUGGUCGGUAAAAAGUGGAUUGAGGUUGGAAGAGUGAAGCAAAACGAGCUGAUAAUGCAGGACAUCACGUGGCCAGGAGAAGCCUCGAUUCCACCUCGAGGCAAACCGGAAAAGAGCUUCGUGCGAAUCGCCACGCUCAGAGAGAACCCGUAUGUGAUUUACGUGAAACCGGAAGCCAACAACCAAUGCACGGAGUCGGCGGCGAGAUGUCGCAUCUACGAGCGAGACGAAAACAAGAAAAAGAUUUACAACCGCACAACAGACUGGUGCUGUGUAGGACUCAGUAUAGAUUUACUCAAACAGCUCAGUGUUCAGCUCGAGUUCGACUUCGACUUGUUUGAAGUGGAAGAUUUUCAGUGGGGAGCCCUGGAUUCAACGACAAAACAGUGGAACGGCUUGGUCAGAGUGUUAAUCGACGGGAAGGCGGAUAUGGUGAUGACGUCAUUGAAAAUAACCCCAGAGAGGAACGCGGCGGUGGAUUUUUCAGUUCCGUAUUUGGAAACUGGCAUCACGAUCGUCGUCUCCAUCAGAGAGGGAGCCAUUUCCCCUACAGCCUUCCUUGAGCCCUAUGACUAUCCGUCGUGGUGCUUAAUAUUGGUGUUUUGUGUUCACACUACUGGGACCUCAAUUUUCAUAUUUGAGUGGCUGAGUCCGUACGGUCUGAACCAAGGAAAGACCACUUUGAGAGAACACAAGUUCUCGUUGUUUCGCUCGUUCUGGCUGAUCUGGGCGAUGCUGUUCGGGGCGGCGGUCUCCACGGACACGCCCCGGGGUAUCGCCAGCCGCAUGAUGGCCAACCUGUGGGCGCUGUUCGCCCUCGUCUUCCUCGCCAGCUACACCGCCAACCUGGCAGCCUUCAUGAUCACCAAGGAGGAGUACUUCGACCUGUCCGGGAUCGGAGACUGGCGGCUUAAAAACCCCACGGCUAUGCAACCACCUUUCAAGUAUGCAACGAUUCCGAACGGAAGUACGGAGACGAACAUUAAAAACAACCACAAGGAUAUCUACCGAUACAUGAAGAAGUUUAACCUGCCCACUGUGGAGGAAGGAAUCCUUGCGUUAAAACACCAAAAAAUCCACGCGUUUAUCUACGACGCCACUGUGUUGGAGUACUACGUGGGUAAAGACAAGGGCUGUCGUCUGCGGACCGUGGGCAGCUGGUACGCGAUGACCGGGUACGGCGUCGCCUUUCCGCGCGGGUCGCCGUGGGUCAACAAAGUCAACAGAGUUCUACUACAGCUCCAGAAUGAUGGUGAAAUGGAGAGACUUCAGAAAUUUUGGCUUGCUGGUGCAUGCCACAAAAUGAAAGAAAAGAAGGGGGUCUCAAGCCACACUUUAGGGAUAUUGAAUUUCACAAGUGCUUUCAUUUUACUGGCGUGUGGCAUGGUGCUAGGUGGGAUUCUCUUAGCACUGGAACACUGCUAUUUUAAGUUCGGGCGAGACUGCAUGCGCAAAUGUAACAAGUCUGGAUGCUGCACGUUGAUUAGUUUGAGUCUAGGAAAAUCUCUAACUUUUGAACAGUCUGUGAUGGAAGCUAUAGAUCUUCAUAAGAAGACCCGAUGUAAGAAUGCUAUGUGUGAGACCCAGAUGUGGAAACUGAGACAUGAACUCGACCUGGCCCUUCUCAAGAUAGACAAUCUACAAAACUCAAUAAGAAAAGAAGAAGACAACGACGACGAAGACAACAACAGGGACAUUAUUUUAAGAAGCAAGCAGCAGCAGCAGCAGCAGAGACCACGUCAGCCCAAUGGAGUCCCAGGACGUCGUGUGCACUACGACGACGACAACAGAGUGGACCGCCACCCCGUCACCGGGGCGUACCACGUGAAAAGAGCCAACCCUUCUAAGAGGGACAACCUUAAUUUAGUCAACAGACGCAGCCCAACCACAAGAAGCAACUACGAUCCUUCCAACGGCAUCGACUGGUCUGGUCCUCACAGAUCCCCAUUGUUAGAACCUGCCAACAGACAUACUCUAAGCGACGUGUCGCCAACCUCCAAAGCUAAUUUUAGGCGCUCACCAAGUUAUGUGUCGGCGAUUAGUGAAGACAGCCCAAACUCUGAAAGUGCGGAUUUACAAAAUAGAACUAGAGUGUAUGACGGUAAACUAUACUUUGGUGUGGAUUGUAGUGACAAUAAUUGUGAGGCUGAAAGUGAAUUUUAAAGUGUUACUGUUGACAUUUCUAUUGUUAGUAUUAGUAGCCGAAAAAACUCCCGAUUUUGUUCUUCAAGAAGAAAAGUAUUCAUUAUCGUGUGUUUAUACAAUCACAUAUUUGUAAAUAAAGUUAGUACUGAGACAACGUUUCUGUUUAUAAGGAAAGGUGAGUUCGUAUUUAUGUGUACAGACGAUGAAUUUUGUUAUAAUAUUCACAAUAUGCAGGGGAUAUUUGUGAUAUAAGUCAGUAAUAUGACAACAGCCUACAAUGACCAGACUUGAGUCCAGAGCGUUCCCAGUGAAUACACAUAGGGCAUCAUCAAGCAACAUCUUCUGGCCAGUCUUGAGUCUAGAGCUUUCCCCAUCGAAUACAUGAUGGACAUCAUUAGGCAACAUCUUCAGUAACAUGCAGAGUUAGGCGCCGUGGUAUAGAAUUGUGACAAGGGGAUUCUGCAUAUACUGUAAAUCAAGCCUGGCUUGACAGAAUCAACGCUAUUGACAUCUACGUGUAUACUGUUCUAGUUUGGUAACCACAGAACAAUGACAGAAUCAACGCUGUUGAUAUAUACGUGUAUACUGUUCUAGUUUGGUAACCACAGAACACUGACAGAAUCAACGCUAUUGGCAUCUACAUGUAUACUGUUCUAGUUUGGUAAGCACAGAACACUGACAGAAUCAACGCUAUUGACAUCUACGUGUAUACUGUUCUAGUUUGGUAACCACAGAACACUGACCGAAUAUUGGACUUGAGGGUCAAUCUCGACCCGGACCCGAGUACCCGACAUUUACUAGACCUUAUAAUGAUAAAGAGACUAAGGAAUACAUUAAACCAGCAUUAUGCAUCUUAAUUCCAGAGCUGAACAUGAAUGCCAAAUCAUGCCAUUGUAUUUAGAAACCAGUUGAUACGUUCAGUAUUGUGAUGGAUAGCCAGAUUAAAAAAAGAAAUUAGCACAUGAUCAUAUAAUGAUUAGUUACUGCUGAAAUGCAUGUCCUAUAUACUGUCUCACUUGUACGGGUACUCGAGUCCUACAAACGGACACGACCCGAAAACUGCUACUGGAUGAUACCACGCGUUUCUAAUGUAUUAAUCGCAUAAUUGCCCCCACCUCCCUCCCCCAAGCAUCAGUCUUCCAUCCUAUCUUGGUCUGGUUCAGGUGUAUCUUUAUAUCCUGGCAUAAACAUUUGAUGACCAUGUCAUGUCACAUCAUUGUUUCAGCUUUGCUAUUAAAUACAAUUAUUUAAGAUA